AUGAUAUCCCCUCGGGGACAACCGUGGCUCUGUUCCUUUCGAACGUUAUUGCUGGUAUCUUUGUUGCUUGUGUUCCAGACGGAGGCCAAGAUUCAAAGUCACCCAAAGCUGACUCCCGCACUGGCCGGAGAGAGCACGGGAGAUGAUACCUACAUUGUACUGUUGACUCCAGGCGUUUCCUCGCUCAGCGAGGUAUCUGGCAUGGACAAUCGGUACAUCAAGUACCGAUACGAUGCGGUUUUGAAUGGAUACGCUCUGAAGGGAGUGCCAGAUGAAGUGAUGAAGGAGAUUCUAGAUAGCGACAGUGUCAGAGCCGUAUACGAGGACCAACGUGCCUAUGGUAUUCCCGUGGAAGAAACGAAAGAUCAGCAGACGAUUACGCAAACGGGUGCACCGUGGGGUCUAGACCGAAUCGAUUCACGCACCGGUUUGGAUGGAAACUAUAACUACGAUGCCACUGGGGCCGGUGUGAUUAUCUUCAUAUUUGAUACAGGAGUUCUCAGCACCCAUGUGGAGUUCACGGGGCGACUGGAACCUUGCGUUGACUACUCUGGAGAAGGAUGCAAUCAACCCGGACUUCACGGAACACACGUAGCUGGAACGGCACUGGGAACAACCUAUGGGGUGGCCAAAGGAGCCAGGGUCAAGGACAUGAAAGUUUUGAGAAAAUCGGAUGGAUCUGGCUCCUACUCGAGUAUCAUCAUGGCAUUUAACGACGUUACAGCAAUGAAGAAUGCCAAUCCAAGUGCCAAAUAUGUCAUCAAUGCUUCUCUUGGUGGACCUCGGGAUACUGCUACCAACCAGGCUGCCAGGGAAUGUGCUCAGAGUGGGGUUAUUGUUGUGGUUUCCGCAGGAAACAGUGAUGCGGAUGCCUGCAAUCAAACUCCAGCAGGGGAAACCACACUCAUCACGGUUGGCUCCACAACCAGCUCUGAUACCCGAUCGUACUUUAGCAAUUUUGGAACCUGCGUGGAUGUCUUUGCCCCUGGUUCCAACAUCGUCUCGGCAUCCAAUUCAGGGAACACCGGAACUGCCACUCUUUCGGGAACUUCAAUGUCAUCCCCUCAUGUUGCCGGCAUUGCAGCUCUGUAUCUUGAAAUGGGACUGGAUGUGUACACACAAAUCGCCAGCUUGGCAACGCCCGGUGUUGUGAGUGACCCGGGCACUGGGUCGCCAAAUCUCUUGGCAUUCAACAACUACAAUGCAGGGCCUGUGGCACCGACUACCUCAGCCCCAACUCCGGCUCCUACCCCGUUACCAACUUUUGCUUGUCCAUCUGGAUCCGCUGCAUUUACACUAGAGCUGGUGACUGACAGCUUCAACGAUGGGAUCUGUUGUACUUGGGGGGACGGUUACUAUUCAAUCUACAAAGAUAAUGCUUUGCUUCGAACGGGAGGUGCAUAUGGCUCGCAAGAAGCAACCACUUUUGGUACCUGCGCGCCAUCGGCACCAGUUGCAAGUCCUGCUCCGACCCCAGCCCCCGUUGUUUCGUGUCCAUCUGGCACUACUCUGUUUUCGGCGGAUAUCUUGACGGAUCGGUACCCGGAUGAGACUUCGUGGACACUGACGAACACAUGUGAUGGCUCUGUGGUUAGAACUGGGGGCGGGUCAUACAUUGAAUCCACUCUGUAUACGGAAACAGAAUGCGUCACGGACGGCCAAGCUUUCCAGUUUACGAUGUCGGAUUCAUUUGGAGAUGGUAUUUGUUGCAGGUAG